UUCGUUCCAUAUCCAGUGAUAUAAAUACUAUGGCCACUUCAUCUUGCGACAUACGCAUACCUUUAUUCGAUAAAGAAAGUUCCGAUUUUUGUUUUGAAAAAUCUCGGGAACUACUAACGCGACCCCUACAAUUUGGUAGUCGUACAUCGUUUACGGCUCCCACACCCCCUCCCUCGCUCGAAUACACAGAUGCUAUCAGUCAAAGUCCCCGUAAAGAUAAGAAAACGCUAUCCGAAAAUCUUAUGGACAUAGAAAAUACCUUAAAGGCUCUUAAUCUGGAUUUUAUGCACACCUACACGGAUGUGGAUAAAAAUGAUUCAGAUGAGACCAUACUAAAUGAUCAAUUCUCGAGUAUUGUUUCAUCGUUAGAUGAUGAGAUCAGUAGUGCUACGGGUAGCCUUAAAUCGGCUACAGUUUAUAAUUAUCAAAAUGGUAAACAUACUACCACGACCACGUUUGAUUUUAAUGCCGCCACCACUCACCUGGACAAGCAUUUGCAAUUGAUGAGUAGUCAGGUGAAUAAGAAUUCGCCCAACUCGGUGGAUAAACGGUCAAGUACCCCGGAUACCGGGUUUGCCUCUAGAGAUACCAUUUCUUUGUCUAGGCGCAGUAGUCAAAAGUCCAGCUACAGUCCCCAAGACAGUUAUUUCAGUCCAAAGGAUCUGAAUUUUCCUCCCUCCUCGGGCGGUACAGGUACAGGCGGCUGUUAUGCUAAUUUUAAGUCAGAUAUUUUUAAGUAUGGUGAUGAUAUGGUGUCACCUUUUAGGUCUAUUACUACAGUACACAAAACGAGCAAUACUUCCAUUUAUUCUCCCAAUCAAUUGAGAAUCGAGGAAGCCCAAAAUGAUACGUACAAUGGCAAUCAGGAACAGCGACAGCGUUCCAUGUCUUUUACCGACAAUCUAAAUCGUGAUUUACCCCUGUCGGACAAACGAAAUUGUAAAUUACUGCAGCAGCAAAAACAUUCUGAAGAUGUUUUACAAAAACCCAAAUCGAUGGCCUAUAAAUCUCGUUCGGCCAGAGCUAGAACCUUAAGGCGUUUAAGCUAUAAUCCCAUGCCACAGGUUACAACUAGUUCUUCUAGCACCGAUGAUGACAGUGAUCACAGUAUGGAUCGUAGUAUGGCUAGAUCUGAGUGCGAUAUACGUUCCCGGGGUUCGGGUUCUUUGUAUCAACGUCGUAGGCGUGCGGGUUUUAAUCGCAAACUAUUUGCCGUCUCUGUUAAGAAUGAUCAGGAUGUAGAGAUUCAGGGACAAAGUAAAAUUUAUGGUUCAAAUGCUAGCAUUAAAUCAGCACCACAUUACAAUUAUGCCCGAUCCACACGGUCCUCGGCUAUGGGUCCCUCCUCCCAACGGCCCUAUAAACUGAAUCCCUACGAAGAAACGUAUCCCUAUGAGGAGAGAAUUUAUGACUUUGGUGCGGCCGCACCAAAAACUAAACCAUACAAUGCACAAUCAAUACCAAAACCACCUAAAACCUUUCAAGUCUCUGCCAUAGCUACAAAUUCGGGUUCAGGUUCAUCGUCAGCCUCAUCAGCGGCUGCCAGUUUCACACGCUCGGUGGUGGCAAAUUCUUCAGUAUUUCAAGAAUUCGAUGUGACACGCUUAACAGGACGUAGUCCUACUUCCAAUGUAGCCGAUCCAGAACAAACAAAUACCGGAUCACAUUUAGAAUUUCAGUGGCCCGAAAAGAUACAUGCCUCUACGGUCAAACAAAAUGAAUUGUUGUGGCGCCAGCAGCAACAGCAACUACCCGAAUUUAACGCACAUAGCAAUUAUAGAUCUAGUAAAGAUCAUCCCUCUUCCACUCUGAGUUCUUCCACUACCGAUAGUGAUCAGUUUGAAUACCGUAUGGGCUACACCACCCAUCUGCCGCCUAGUCCGGCUCCAUAACUACAGCGUAUGUUGAAGUAUUUUUUAAAUUUACUUUGAGACCCAAAAAAACACAACCAAUCCAAUCCAACCCAACCCAAACAAUCAUCAGUAAUUUAUACCAUUUCCAACCACUCAUCACAAAAUUGAAAUCAUUGAAAACCAAAACAAACGUAACAAAAAGAAUUUAUUAAGAAAAAUCAUUAAAGAAACAAACAAACAAAUAAAUAAAUAUACAAUAACCAAGGACAAUAGUUGCUCUCUGUCUUCACUCAAUAUCUCUCUGGAAAUUAUUUGAAAACAAAUCCAAAAUCCUAAUUAAAAAAAAGGAGUGCCUUACAAUCAAAUAACAUCAUCAAAAAGUAUAAUGAAAAUAUUGCAUACGACAACAAAAAAAAAAAGAAACACCCCAAAUUUGCAACUCUACAGACAAACA